AGGCGAUGGAGGUAGACCCGCGGCAGCGCUGCUUUGGGAUGGGCCUGCGGGACCGGCGGCGGUAGCAGCUGCUGCUCUUGGAGCUCCGCUCUCUACGUGGCUAGCUCCUUGGGGGUCACAGUGCAGGGAUGUCUGCAGGCAGAGGGAGACUGGCUGCCCUGGGCCGGCGCCGUGGCCUUCUGUGUCGGGGCUUAGAUCAGCGACGGGGUGAUUUUAAAAGAAGAUCCCAUUACUACAUGUCAUUCUCCUUCAGUGUAUGACAUGAUUUGUAACCUUGGGUUUGAAGUCAGAGAAAACUGUGAUAUCAAUAGCAUUAUAACUCAAAAUGGUGAAAUAUGCUGGAAAACAAUUACCAGUCGUGUGAGCUAUGCAGAGUCAGGCCAGAGUCUGGAUUACCAGAGAAGUGUACGUCUGCUGGGCCCUGUGUGUGAAACCAUCCAUCUACAUAUCUUAUCUCUGACCAGUGGGCAGUUUGAAUUCCAGUAUUCACCAUGGUUUCAGUGGACAAAUUUUCCAGAGCUGUUUCCUGAAAUAUUUGAUUCCUUGAAAAGCCUAUACUCUCCUGCAAUCUCCCUCAGUGUGAUGAAACUGGCAUCAUGUCUGGAAAGAGCUUUGGGUGAUGUAUUUUUACUGACUGGGAAGGAGUGCCCCUUUCUUCUAAGAGAUCUGCUUGCCUCUGAGGAGCUUGCUGGAGUCUUUGGGCAUUCUGUGAUGGACAUUCUGAAAAUCUUCAUUGGCUCCCCCUGUGGACUCAACCUGAGAAACAUCUUGUGGCAUGGGUUUGCAUCACCUCAUGAGGUUCCUCCAAAAUACUGUUCAGCCAUGCUUUUGUUGACAGCAGGACUGGGCCAAUUACUGAAGAGGUACCUUCAGCACAUGAAAGUCACAUUGGCACAUCGGCCUUUCAUAACUCUUAAGAACUUAGAGGAUUUGAUUGUUUUUCCUGGUGUUACGUAUGAGGUACUUUCAGUAUUAGAAAAAGUGAUGACAAAAUCUACCUUUAUGUUAAAAAUCAUGAUACCAUAUUGGGAAAUGAUAAUGAGCAAAUUCAAGUCACACAGGUUUGCUGACUGCACAGUACUGUUGCUGUCACAGCUGGAGACUGGACUUCGGAGAGUUUUCACUGUAGCUAACAAGUGUCCAGACAGGCUCCUUACUGCUGAGUCAACAACUCUUUAUACCACCUUUGAUGAAAUACUGGCGAAACACUUGAAUGAUGGCAGCGUCAACCAGCUUCCUCUUCUCCUUGGAGAACCUGCUAUGGAAUUUCUCUGGGAUUUUCUGAACCACCAGGAGGGUCCCCGUAUUCGUGAUCAUUUAAGCCACGGGGAGAUCAACUUUCAUGAGUUUCCAAAAGAUGCAGCAAGUCAGCUGCUCACAUUUUCCCUUGUGCUUUCACUCAGAUUUGCGAAAGAAGAUGUGUCGUCAGUGCUUAAGGAGGAAGCAGAAAUAAAACUAUUGGUUGGUCUUGCAGAAGGCUACAGGUCUCGCUGCCAUCCGAUUUUCCAGCUUAGAAAACAGAUUUUGAGUUGUGAGAAAAGUCUCAGAACAUGGCUUCUACUGCCUUUUUCUGAAGAACUCUGUCAGGAAGCAGCCAGAUUGGAAUGUAAUCCUGAAAUAUGUGCCUGCAAGUCUUUAAUUGCCAAGAUCUUACAUGAGCUCUGCCACAGUGCCCCUGGGAGCCUCUGUGCUGUUGAUGGCAUGGAUGGCAUCCCCCAAGAGAAGUGGCCUCAGCUGCUCACUGAACUCUGCGGUACACACAUCCCCACCCUGUUCUGCCCUAGAGCAGUCCUUGAAGUGCUGGUUGUGCUCCGAGGCAUCAGCUUCCAGUGUCAGCGAGUGUCUGGCCAGGUUGUCACCUCCUUGCUGCUGAGGCACAGGCAGUGGGUGGAGCGGAGACUGCGCUCACGACAGCGGCAGAACUAUCUGCGCAUGCUCAGCAGUGUCAGACUUCUGUCUUCCGUGCUUUACCUGAUCUUGUUGCUCCUUGCACUGGAAUUGGUCAGUGUUCAUGAUGUCCAAGGAAAAACUGCUCAAGAGUAUCAGCAGUAUCUAAAGUUCUUGAAGUCAAUGUUACAGUACACUGAGAACCUAGCAGCCUACACCAGCCAAGGGAAGAACAAAUGGAAUGAAACUAUCGGUCUUACACAUGCAGCUCUGUUGAACAUUUUGACUUUUAAUGAGAAGGAACAACUAUUAAUACAUUUAGCCAAGAACUCCCCAAGUAACAUAGUCUUGUGAGAGUACAAGUCAGAUGCUUUUGGUUGUAAGAAAAAAAAAAUGCAAACACUGAUAACAGCAAGAGCAUCCAAAGGUGGAGUGGAUUUCAGGAUCUGUUUUAUCAGAGCCCAAGCUGUGCUUUUCUGCAGCUUCCUGCUUGCUCUGUCCCUGUGACCCUCAGGCCAGCCUUGAUGCUGCAGCAGGUUUGGGUUCCUUGUCCUCAUGACCUACAGUGGAGGAGUGGUCACUGCCCUGGUAAUUAAUUACCUAGAGACACAUGGGUUACUCUUACUGUCACUGUGGCAAGGGUCCAGCCAGGCCAACUUCUGGGACUGUGAUCUGGCGUGGUCUGAUGUUCCCUUCUUGGAGGCAGGAUAAAGUGGGUCUACAUCCUGUGAGCAAGCACUGGUGAGGAGCCUUGGAAGGUGGUGGGCCAUGUAGCUGGGUGGUGGGCUGCAGCCAUGCAUUUUGAGGUAUGAAGACUGAGUGCAGGCUCUGGAGAUCUGGAGGAAAGUAGACACUUGUGGCUUAGUUAGAACCAAAAUCACUGAGCCUCAGGGGUUCCCUGCAGGGCCACUGAGUCACCUGAAGCACUGGGAAAACCAUCUAUGCUACUUGGCAGCCACAAAGGUGAGUGUUCCACAUUGGGAGGCUGCACUGUCCACCUAAGUGUACAGAUUCAGCAUGCCAGCCUUCAUGAGUCAUGACUUACUCAUCUUUGAGACCUUUGCUGGGGGUGGGCUGUGGCCAUUUAGGCAAGGGCAUUCUGCAAUGCAUAUUGUGCUAUAGGGGAGACCUGGGUCCAUUGUGUCAACAGGCAGUUCCAUCCCUCUGAACUCCACCCCGAUUGUCCUAUGCUGACUUCUGGAUAGGAGAAUAAAUGUGCUCCUUGCUAGUA